AUGUCGACAACAAGUCAGAACACCGUCGCGGACGACAACAAAAUCGGCAUACUAGAUCUACCCCAAGAGAUAUUCGACAUCAUCGGAAACUACGUGCUGCCCAGACAAGUACCGACACUCCGUCUAACAUCAAGGGGCGUCAAUCACAGAUUCCACAAGGUGUUCCUGAAGGUCAACUACCGGACCUUGACGGCAUCUCUUGCUUCGAAGCGAUCCCUGCGAAGAUCUUUGGCGAUUGUGUCAGUGCCCGAGUAUGCAAGGACCAUUCGACAGGUCGAUAUCUACAUCGACCAGUAUGACGACAAUAAAGGCUGGAAGGGUCGUAUGGAUGAUGAGCUCGAGAUGGAGCGGACUCAUGCUGAUAAAAAGUACCUCAUCGAGAUCUUCCGCCGCCUUGGUCGGAAUGCACAUGGCACCACAGUCCAGGUCAGGAGUGGCAGUGUGCUGGGGCCAAGGUAUUUUGGUGCGUCGCUGGGCUCCAGGUUCAACAACAGGGGUCUCUGUGCGCCAAAUAUCACUGACGAACGACCAUUCCGUACCAUCACUGCUGCAUUGGCGUUGAGCUUCCUCAAGAUCGACCGCUUCGUGCUGGACACCUUCGAUGAGGAGGCGUACAGUGUCGCGAUUCACCGAGUUGUGCUGCGUUCACCGCACUCGUGCCCAGCGAUCUUAAACGCUCAGACGUUGUUCCAGAAUGUGCGCGAGUUGAGAAUGGACGUUUGGCCAGCUUCCUCCGUCUCUGACUAUGCUGUGGGCAAGGCCAUCUGCGCGCUGAGAUUCGCCAAAGUCAGGGAGAUGGAGAUUCAAGCGAUGCUCGUGCUUAAGGAUCUGGUCUCCUUUCUGCGGAACCACGAUGGCAUUGAGGUCUUGGUGUUGUGCCAGGUCACCAUCGACGUGGAGGACUUCGACUCAACUAUAACAUAUGCGACCAGCGUCGACGCAGCUUUAAAUACCCUGGCGCCUUCGCGGGUCAUCCAAACAGAUACCAACACUCGCUUCCUUGGCCAGUACGAGGAGGAUGAGGAGAUAAGGUAUGCGAGGUCGUUCUAA